GACAUAAAUUCACGUUCAUCGUGUCUGCGUUGUAAACAAUGCCACAGGUCUUCAGAAGAGGGAUAGCGAUCACACAUGGUUCUUUCUCGUUCAACGGUCGCUAUCGCUACGAUUAACGCAGGAGAUAUACUCGUGUGAGCAACUUUGACAACAACCUGACGGUGACCCAGUCAAAAACCACGAUGAUGACAAUGAUACGUCCUGCUGCAAGAUUCAGAUCUAAGCUUUGGAGUUUAAUGGCGUCUAGACUCAGUCACAACUUUGCUGCCAUGUCCACUCACAAAGCUGUCAUUUUUGACAUGUAUGGAGUGCUUAUUCCGUCACCUGUGAAAUUGGUAACAUUGUUUGAACAACAGAACAGCAUUACCCCUGGCACGCUUGGUCAGGCCAUCAGGUCUGGGGGUGAGGGGAAUACAUGGAAGAGCUUCAUGCGUGGAGAACUGGGGGCUGAGGAGUUUGUUGAGGCCUUUGCCAGGCAGUGUAGUGACAUAGCAGGCCGCCCUGUUCCGAUUGGCUUAUUCCUGUCCGCCCUGAUCAGUGGACCAAUGACCAGGCCUCUGCCCGUCAUGAUGGAGGCUGUCCAAUUGGCUCGCUCCCGGGGCCUGAAGACGGCUGUGCUCAGCAACAACUUCCUACAGCCGAACGGCGAACCCUUCAUGCCCCUGGACCGCUCCCUGUUUGACGUGAUAGUGGAGUCGUGUAAGGAGGGCCUCAGUAAGCCAGACCCCAGGAUCUUCCACCUCUGUCUGGACAGAUUGGGGGUGUCUGCACAUGAAGCCGUGCUACUUGAUGACCUGGAGUUCAAUGUUAAAGCCGCUGCCCAGCUAGGCAUGCAUGCCAUAAAGGUGGGAGACCCAACUGCUGCUGUUGAAGAGCUGGGAAAAGUUCUGUGGACCCCCUUGUCAGGAUGUGUUCAUGGGACUGGCCCAGGCUCUCCCAUCCCAAUGGACCAGCUCACACAGUACCUGAGAAGCCAUCUACCUGACAAAGACCCCAUCACGGUCCAACAGAGCCCCAGCAUUACCCAGACAAACUCCUUAUACCAUUUGACCAGUGGAGGGCGCCAUCUCCUCCUCAGGAAACAGCAGAAGGGCUGCCAGGCCGUGGACACAGAGUACAGGUUAUUGAAGGCUCUCCGGGGAUCCAGUCUUCCCGUUCCAGAGAUUGUUGAUCUGUGUGAGGACUCGAGUGUCCUGGGUGUUCCGUUCCUCCUGAUGGAGGUCUGCCCAGGGACACGGUUCAGAGACCCCACACUGCCCGGGGUUGACCCUGGGGACAGGAGGGCUAUGUACCGAGCCGCGACCAACGCACUCUCCCAGAUCCACCAGACAGACCCUGGAGCCGUUGGCCUGGACGGCGGAGUGGUGUCUGACUCCAUGGGUUACCAGGUAGAGUGGUGGGCCAAGCAGUAUAAAGACAGCAGGACUCCGCCCGUUCCAGCGAUGGAGAGGCUCAUCGAGUGGUUUCCUCUGCACCUGCCCAAACCCCAGAGGACUACGCUGGUGCACGGAAACUUCCGGCUGGAGAACCUGGUGUUCCACCCAGAGAGGCCAGAAGUAGUGGCGAUUCUGGACUGGGGCCACUCCACCCUUGGGGAUCCCCGGUCAGACCUGACCUCCAGCUGUGUGGCCCAUUUUGUGCCCUGGGACAACCCUCUGCUGACAGGGAUGUCUGACAGGGACCUUGUCCAGCUGGAUAUCCCCAGUGUGGAGGAGGUAUUUCAUCAGUACUGCCACACUAUGGGCUUGGAGGAGGGAGUCCCAGACUGGCAGUUCUACGUCGCCUUCCACCUCUUCUGCCUGGCGGUCAGAGCAAGACAGCUGGGGGACAGCAGGAGCUCCACCUCAGUACAAAGCAUCUCUGGGAGGUUGGCUGAGCAGAUGUCCGAUCUGGCCUGGGACUUUGCCACCAAGGAAGGCUUCCGUAUCUUCAACGCCAUGCCCAGAGGCUCUCACACAGCACUUCCUUAGUUCAAUGACAGUUUGGAAAGGUUUAGUUUCUGUUGAUUUAAUCUUUGUUGCAAAUUGCAAUAUUUAUACUUGAGAUAUAAUUUCAAGAAAAUGCUUUUGGGAAGUAGCAGGAGUUGGACUUGGGAUUUUCCCAGAGGAUGACGGCUCAUCCCAUCCAGACCUCAGCUGUUAAUUCAUGGUUCCUAACAUGAACCCUGGAAAGAGGUCACGCAGGGCAGCCAGGAAGCAGCACCAACCCAGUCUGGAUCAGCCCAGGCAUAAUUAUAGCCAUGCCACAAUGGGCCACAUUCAUGUUUUGCACUUGCUUUUUCUUUUGAUAAUUGCAAUUUCAAAGGAUCUACUGGCAAUAACUAUGAUAAUGUUUUGUACUACAGUGCAUGGUUGAACACUUCAAGUCUUUCUGGAUAACAGCUUCUGCUAAAUUAUUGACAUGUUAAUUGUCUACCAAGAUCUUAGUAUUGUUGUAUUUUAGAUGUGAAUGUUCUGUUUUGUUACCCUUUGUAAUUAAUAAAUAAGAACACCAUG